AUGGAGCAACGCACCGCGCUCGUUACUCUAGGUCGCUGUACCUGGCACGGCGCAAAUGACUUCAAGUGUCACUGCACUUCAGGUUCCAGCAUCUUGUCCCUCGGCGAAACACACGAUGACCUCAAAUGUCGCUCUUGCGGCCACACAUUGUCCACACACGAGGAUUACGAAUUAGACGAGGGAUCUCAGCAGCCAGCCACGAAGCAGCAGUCCCAAAAACAGCAGUCAGAGUGGCAGCAUCACGGUGAUGGCUUUUACUCAGGUACCGGCUCAUGGGGUAUAGGUUAUCACGAGCCUACGACUUCUUGGUCCGCGACUCACUCCCAGAUCAUGACCCCAGCGUCCACAAAUCAUGGCGAUGUAUCGGACUCUUGGGGCAAGCCUAAUUGCGAGCCCUCGACCUCCUGGGGCAGUGUUAAUUGCGAGCCGUCGACUUGCUCGGGCGAGGUUGACUGUGAGCCCUUGAUUUCCUGUGGUGAGGUUGACUGCGAGCCCUCGACCUCCUGGGGCAAGGUUCAUUGCGAGCCCCCACCUUCUUCGCCCAAAUUUCAUGACACUCCUCGAUCGUUGGUCACUGGGCCUUUUGCUCUCCCUGAUUCUACAAUUCCUAGGCAGGAGUUGGUUGAUGAGUUGAUAGACCAAGUCGAAGAACGGCGCAUCAUAAGAGUCAACGGUAUACCCGGGUCCGGAAAGACAACCAUGAUGCAUCUUAUGGUCAAUACGCUGCUCAAGAAAUACGACGACACACUGCCAAUCCACACCAUCACAGGUUGGAACAUGGACGUUGUUACGGAUGCAGGGGGCUGGAACCCAUAUCUAAAGACCGUGACUGGAGUCGCGGGGAAUGACUGGCACACAAACACGGCCUUCCUGCUUAUUGAUGAGGCGCACCAGUUGUACGGGGAUCUCUUGAUCUGGGCAGAUUUUUUUGGGCGAAUCUGCUCUUCAUCCAGCUCGCGCAUUGUACUGUUUACUUCUUACGGCCUGCCGCAUCACGUCGAAUAUCACUCCGAAAUUUCCCCACAGCGGAUGCUCUCGGAGCAAGAACAGUUGACCCCACUGUCCAUGAAGCCAUUUGGCCUUUACCUGCUGAGCGAUGAAGCAAAAGAAUUUGUGAUUAAAUAUGCUUCGGAGUAUAUGCCAUCCUCCUCUAUUAAUUUUACCAAGGCAUUGCACGACGCUUUGUUGGAAGGCAGCAAUUGGCACAUAGGAAUCCUGAAAGGUCUUGUUGAUAUGCUUCUGCAAAGCAACACUGUCCAGGACCUCAUCAAGACCAAUCGCCCAGUGAGUUGGGCAACUGCUCGGGAGGUUCUCUUACAAAUCCUUGAGAAGCUGGUGCUUCGCCAGAGCCGUACCCCACGGAGAAGCCGCCACUGA